AUGGAAACAAUAAGAUUAGUAACUACUAUUUCUAAUCUUAAUGACUGGCCAAUGUAUCAAAUGGAUGUUAAAUCAGCAUUUUUGAAUGGACAUAUAGAUGAGGAAGUUUAUGUUGCACAACCACCUGGCUAUGAAGUGAAAAAUCAAGAGGCAAAAGUGUACAAGCUCAAAAAGGCACUGUAUGGCGUGAAACAAGCUCCAAGAGCUUGGAAUAAGAGGAUUGACAAGUUUCUCAAUGACAUAGGAUGUGUGAAAUGUAUUACUGAACAUGGAGU